UCACCCAGACAUGCCUCGAACCUUCUUCCUGCAGCAACGCACACUUCGAACACACCGUUGUGUUAUUUAGAGAUAAGCCUGGGAACUUUGCUGUUCAACAGAAUGAGUCAAUGAAAGACGUAUGCUUCACAUAAGUCCAACUCAGAAAGAAAAAGGUGUUACACACAGAUAGUUUGAGCAACGUGAUUCUUCUGUUGGUGCUCUGCUCGUCCAGCAAGCUGUGAACAAACGAUUAACGGAAACAACAAAACAGAACGACACGAAAAAACAAACAGCUGUUAAGAUAAAAUUGCUCUGCAUUGCCAAUUUAUUGUCAACCAUACAGUCAAGCCAGUUAUGUACAUCUACUCAACAUAAACCUAACGAAGAAUGGAAGACUUCUUUCAGACAGCUUUCACGACCAGCAAUUCGAAUCUCAGUGUGCAAUGCUUAGUGAACAAAGAAUUCACUUUCCGUUUCUUGUCUUCGGUCUACCUCAUUGUCUUUAUCAUUGGGCUACUUGGCAAUGGUUUUGGAUUGUGGAAUUUGGCCGUCAAUUGGAAGAAGUGGACGUCUUUAAACGUGUUUGUGCUUAAUCUUGGCAUUGCGGAUCUACUCUAUGUUGCCACCCUCCCUUUCUUUGUCUCCUACUACCUCAACAAAGAACAGUGGGUGUUUGGCUACAGUUUUUGCCGUCUUGCACGUUGCCUCUUCCAUGUCAACAUGUACGCAAGUAUAAGCUUCCUCACCUGCAUAAGCGUCCAACGUUAUUUGGGUAUUGUACAUCCGAUGAAAAUGAUGGGACGCUUCCAGAAUCUACGUCACUCUUUUUAUAUCAGCAUCUUGAUCUGGAUUUGGGUAAUAAUUCAGAUUUUACCAAACCUUCACUUUACAAAUGCACUUAAAAAUAAUACCUUCUGCUACGAUUCUACUACGAACAAAUUUUUACCUAUUUAUACACCCUACUCGUUAAUUAUAACAUUUACUGGGUUCUUAAUCCCUUUUAUUAUCAUAGUGAUAUGCUACAUUCGCGUUCUCUCGGUCUUGAAGAAAAACACGAACGUGGACCCCAACUUGAAGCAAAGAAGUAUCAAACUUGUCUUCAUUGUUUUGACAUUAUUUUUUCUCUGCUUUUUCCCUUACUAUACUUUCCGCAAUCUCAAUUUGUUAGCCAGAGUCUGGCAGUUGCAAGGAACUUGUACUCAGACCCUGCGAAACGUCUAUGUUUCAUACCAGGUGACCAGAGGGUUGGCGAGUUUAAACAGUGCCAUUAACCCCUUAGUUUACUUAGUGACCAACGAGAACUUUGUUUCCAAAUUCCGAAGAUUAAGAAGGAGAGCAUGGCACAAGUUUGUCAACUUGGGAAGAAGUCAAGGGCUUCCAGAGAGUAAAACAUUAAAUGAAAAUGUAAACAAUACACUCGAGGAAGCAUGUGAACAAUUAUAACGUGCUCGCAUUAUUUAUCUUUUUGUUUGUCCUGUUUUUUUGUUUUUGUUUUGUUUUGUUUUUCAUUUGCUUAGUUUUUUUUUUCUUUUUAUAUCACAUCACUUUUUUGGGAUGUUUAAGUGACAAUUCAACUGAUUUUUUUGUUGAAGAAAUGAAGACUGUGAGCUAAAACAUUGUUACAAUAUAUAUAUAUAUAUAUAUUCCUUGCAGUAUUAAUUUAGUAGGAAUUCGGGUUAGCUGUGAUAAAUGUACUUCAGAAUUGUUUUAUCUCGAAAAGAUGUAUUUACUGCCGUAAUGCAAGACGGUUUUAUUUAUAAAUACAAAAUACAUACACACAAAUGCUUGUGAUUCAGUCAAUACAUUAUGUGUGUGCGUUUGUCU